CGGCGAAGGUAAAAAAAUUGGCUUAUGAUGUUUUCUUAUUAUAGGCAGGCUAGAUAAUGUUUUACUAGGCACUUCCAAAAUGAUUUUAUUUUUGAAUGUAUACCUUGCGUUUAGCUGUGAUAUUCGCAGACAUUGCUAGUAACUUUUGCCUUAUCAAGUAUGGAUCACUGAAGUAUAUUCCUCGUAAUGUAUUAUUCUUAAUACCUAGUAAUCCAUUUUUUUAUAUCUCAAUUAAAGUUUUUGAUACGUUUUGUCAAAAAUUUUAAAAAGACAUGAGGAUAAUUUUAUUCAAUAAGCAAUUUCUUAUCGCUAAGGCAGGAACGUCUAAUAUGGAAAAUGAAAUGGUAAUAAAUAAGGAUAACUAUAAUCAGAAAAAAGAACUAGAUCCAAAUUACUUACUAGGCGAUCAAGAGCACAUUGACAAAACAACUAAAGUUUCAUGGAUUUUAGUCAUAACAACAAUAAGUACUAGUUUAGGCUGUUCAAUUCCUGCCGGAUACAACACUGGAGUAGUAAAUGCCCCUGCAGAAAUAUUGAAACAAUGGUGUAAUGAAACGAUCAUACAACGUUAUUAUGUACAAUUUUCACCUGCUCAACUUGAUGGCCUUUGGUCUAUACUAGUUUCCGUAUUCUUGAUUGGUGGCAUUAUCGGUGGUGUAGCUGGUGGUAAAUUAGCAAAUGCAUUGGGCAGGAAAGGAACCUUACAAAUUAUAUACCUGAUUAAUUUAGUAUCUGGUAUCCUCUUUUUUAGUUCUAAAUCAUUUGCCCUUGUAGAAUUAUUUUUUAUUGCAAGAUUUUUAUCUGGUCUAUCCGCCGGCCUCACAAUGGCAAUGGUACCGAUGUAUUUAUUAGAGUUGUCACCUGCCAAUAAAAGUGGUUUAUUUGGUGUGAUGUUUACAGUAGGCUUGAACUUCGGUGUGGUGUUGUCUCAGUUUUUAGGCCUGGGAAAUAUCUUAGGUAAUGAAUCAUCGUGGCAUUACUUAUUUAGUCUGUAUGGAGGUUUGGUAUUAUUAGCACUCCCUACUUUAAAAUGUAUUCCCGAGAGUCCUAAAUACUUGUAUACUGUACGCAAUGAACACAGCAAAGCAUUAUCAGAACUAAGCAAUUUAAGAGGAAUGCCAAUAUCUGACAUAAGCUGGGAAUUAGAAAAUUUACUCGUUUCUUCUGAAAGGUGGACGCUGAGAAAAGUUAUCAAUGAACCUUCUAGCCGUAAAGCCAUAAUAAUUACUUGCAUAAUAAUGUUGGGUCAACAACUGUCUGGAAUUAAUGCAGUGUUUUAUUAUUCUACGUCAAUAUUCAGAAAUGCAGGAAUGAGCACAGCUGGUGCUCAAUAUGGAAAUCUAGGCGCAGGAGUAAUAAACUUCAUUGUAACUAUUUUAUCAACAACAUUCAUUGACAAUUUUGGACGAAAAACAUUGCUAUUAUUUAGCAGCACUAUUUGUGUAUUUAUGCUCACGGCGUUAAUGAUUUCAAUGAUUUUAUCGUCUAUUGGUACGAUACCAGGAAUAUCUUAUUUGUUAAUAAUAUUUGUUAUUGGUUACGUUUUAUUCUAUGGAUUUGGAUUAGGACCAAUCCCGUUCUUUAUUGGAUCAGAACUAACCGAUGUUGGACCCAGACCUAUUAUCAUGUCAGCAAUGAGUGUUGCUAAUUGGUCCGGAAAUUUUUUGGUUGGACUUACAUUUCCUUUCGUCAACCUUGUUCUCAAACAAUACUCUUUUCUUCCAUUCAUCGUAUUCACCGUUUUUUUAAUCAUAUUUACAUGGAAAGUGGUUCCAGAAACCAAGCAAUCUCUAGGCCAACAGAGUACCGAUACUGAAUAAGAGCAGAGAUUUUAUUCAUUUCUCUUUACUAUAGUAUUAAAAAUUAUUAUUGCCUGUGAUUUUAUCAUCUAUAUAAGAUGUAUACAAUAAGAGUAUAGAGUUUAACUAUUUUAAAUUGUAAUAUAAAUGUAUACGACAUU